CAGUGCAGACAGCAGCGGCCCCGAUCUGAUCGCUUUGUUAAACAAAAAAAAAUGAUAAAUUUGAAUUAAAAGCUUGUCGUAAAGGAAUUACAACUUACUCUCAGGACAUAUUUGCUGGAGUGUAAGGUCCAAGCUGCUGUAUACAUGGAGCUGAGCAGGAGGAAGGUGCCUCUCUAUGGCGAGGCCAAGGUAUUUGCAUUGCUGGAGGGGUUAGACACGGUGCCAGAGGAUGCUGAAGUCUAUGUUGUUCUGGAGGGAUCCACGCUGGUCCAUGUAACCCGGGCUCAAAACGAUGUCAUGCUCUACUUUAUUGUGCCAGGACACAAUCUGCCAGAGGAGGUGUCUGUGCAAGCCUAUCUAUGCUCUGAAUCCAUGCAGCUCACCUGGUUGGGCGGGGCUUCCUUAGAGUACGUACAUGAUGAUGCUCAGGACUUGGCAGAGCAUAUCAUAAUUCACGGACAUUGUCUGAAUGGCACGGAUCACAAGGAGCUGAGCAGCCUCUUCAGCCUGCGCCAGGAGGGCUCUCGGUGGGCUAUGGAUCGCAAAGUGGCCCUCGCCAUGGCCAACCUGGACAUUCCUCCAAACUGGAAUGUACUGGGCAGCCACCAUGGAGAUGGUCGCAUUCAUAGAGAGUGUCCCCUCCACCUGGCUGUGCGGUGGGGUUUUUAUCGUCUUGCAGAGCUGCUGCUUUGCCAGCCGGGGGGUUUGAUGGCUGUCAGUCUCCCUAAUGAAGAGGGAGUCACACCGCUGCAGCUGGCCCAGACCACAGGCAACACUGAGCUCCUGGAGCUGCUCACAAACCCACCCAACCCCCUCGCCACUCCACCAGCAGGUCUGACACAAGUGUGGGCAGAUCGGUCCCGCUUGCUGCGGUUUUGCCACGACACUGGGAACCUGACUCUGUCCGUUCGACAAAACCUGAGAUGGAGUUCGGUGCAGAGUCGAUACGCUGAUAUCCUCCUGCUCAGAAACAGGCUCAGAGAUGAGAACUUCCUCAGGGAGAUCAAAGCGCUCAGAAGGGAACAGGUGGAAACCAUAACGGAGAAGGAAGAACUUGUGGAUGAUCCUGCGGACACCGCUCUGUAUGCUGACAUGAACGGAGAAAAUUCUGCUGAUGAAAAUGUUCUCAACUUCUUCGCUGAGGACUGCGAGGAGCCGUUGAUUUUUGCCCUGAAUGAGGAGGACGAAGAGGACGAUCCUUCACACUCUGGCUCCGGUAAAUGUCUUAAGGUUUCCUUUAGCACAAGUGUUUUCUUUACAACUUGGCUUUAACUCUUGAGCUUCUCAUGCUUCUGCAAGAGAUCAGGCUUUGUGCUGAUUUAAACAGAUCAUUGCUGGUUUAUUUGUAGGAU